AUUUUCAGAGUAAAGCUGCUCCGGGGCCCAGUGGGCGCAGCGGGAUGCCGGUGCCGUGCCGUUGUCCCGGUGUUUUUACGCCCCCUUCCUUUUGGUUUCGCCCAAACUGGCCUGAGCAGCGGCUCCUCAGCCUUUAUCCCUCUGCUGCUGCUGCUGCUGCUGAUGCGGGUGAGGAGGAGGAGGAGGAGGAUGCUCUGCAGCGCUGAAUGAACCCGCAGUCAGUGGCCGCUGCGGGACGGCUGCGCGAUGAACGCAUCGGCUCUUUACAGUCAAAUGCCGGGAAUAACGAUGAUUAUGGAUAUCUUCUGUUUUCUGUGCAUACUGCCGGCGGCGUGGGCUGUCGAAGAAGUACUAAUGGAUUCAACAACAGCAACAGCAGAACUGGGCUGGACCAUCCACCCGUCACAGGGGUGGGAAGAAGUUAGCGGCUAUGAUGAAAACAUGAACACCAUCCGAACAUAUCAGGUGUGCAAUGUCUUCGACAGCAGCCAGAACAACUGGGUCCGCACUAAAUACAUCCGCCGCCGUGGUGCUCAGCGCAUCCAUGUUCAGAUGAAGUUCUCAGUGCGCGACUGCAGUUCCAUACCCAAUGUUCCUGGCUCCUGCAAGGAGACAUUCAACCUGUACUACUAUGAGACUGACUCGGACACGGCCACUAAAUCGUCCCCGCCCUGGAUGGAGAACCCCUGGGUGAAAGUGGACACUAUAGCGGCUGAUGAGAGUUUCUCUCAGGUUGAUCUCGGUGGCCGCAUCAUGAAGAUCAACAGUGAAGUCCGGAGUUUUGGACCCGUUUCACGCAAUGGCUUCUACCUCGCUUUCCAGGAUUAUGGCGCUUGCAUGUCACUCAUCGCCGUUCGAGUCUUCUACAGGAAAUGCCCCAGUGUGAUCCAGAAUGGCGCCGUCUUUCCUGAGACUCUGUCUGGAGCAGAGAGCACCUCUCUGGUGGCAGCCAGAGGGGUGUGCGUUCCCAAUGGGGAGGAGGUCGAUGUACCCAUCAAACUGUACUGUAACGGGGAAGGGGAGUGGAUGGUACCCAUCGGGCGCUGCAUGUGCAAAGCCGGGUACGAGGCGGUGGAGAAUGGUACAGUCUGCAGAGCUUGUGUAUCAGGCUUCUUCAAGACUGCACAGGGAGACAACAGAUGUCUGCAGUGCCCCAUUAACAGCAGAACCACCAGCGAGGGAGCUACUAACUGUGUCUGUCGCAACGGCUACUACCGCACUGACUCCGACCCUCCACAGAUGCCAUGUACAACUGUUCCAUCAGCUCCACAAAAUGUCAUCUCCAUAGUGAAUGAGACCUCUCUGAGGCUGGAGUGGAGCCCGCCACAGGAGGGCGGUGGCCGAGAAGAUGUUGUCUACAACAUCAUAUGCAAGAGCUGUGGUAGUGGGCGGGGCGGCUGCACCCGCUGUGGAGACAACGUGCAGUUUGUCCCACGUCAGCUGGGACUGACCGACACCCGUGUCCACAUCAGCGACCUCCUGGCUCACACCCAGUACACCUUUGAAAUACAAGCUGUCAACGGAGUGUCUGACCAGAGCCCUUAUUCACCACAGUACACGUCUGUCAACAUCACCACCAACCAGGCUGCACCAUCAACAGUGUCCAUCAUCCACCAGGUCAGCAGGACCCCUAACAGCAUCACUCUGUCCUGGUCCCAGCCUGAUCAGCCCAAUGGAGUUAUCCUGGACUAUGAACUGCAGUACUACGAGAAGAACCAGGCAGAGUGGAAUUCGUCUCUAACGAGGAGUCAGACCAACACUGCAGUAAUACGAGGCUUGAAGCCCGGAACUAUCUACGUCUUUCAGGUUCGGGCUCGGACUGUCGCUGGAUUUGGACGCUUUAGUGGCAAAAUGUACUUCCAAACCAUGACUGAAGAGGAAUAUAACUCCAGCAUCCAGGAGAAGCUCCCCCUCAUCAUUGGUUCAGCUGCUGCAGGGGUAGUCUUCAUCAUUGCCAUCAUUGUCUUCAUAAUUGUCUGCCGCAGCAGGAGAAGUUCAGACAGGCCAGAGUCAGACUACACAGAUAAACUCCAACAUUACACCAGCGGUCACAAAGUGUCACCAGGAAUGAAGAUCUACAUCGACCCCUUCACAUAUGAAGACCCUAAUGAAGCAGUCAGAGAGUUUGCCAAGGAGAUUGAUAUUAACUGUGUCAAGAUUGAACAAGUUAUUGGUGCAGGAGAGUUUGGGGAGGUGUGCAGUGGAAACCUCCGACAGCCUGGGAAGAGAGAGAUCCUGGUGGCAAUCAAGACGCUGAAGGCGGGCUACACUGACCGCCAGAGGCGGGACUUCCUGAGCGAGGCAUCCAUCAUGGGCCAGUUCGACCACCCCAACAUCAUCCAUCUGGAGGGGGUGGUGACCAAGAGCAGCCCUGUGAUGAUCAUCACUGAGUUCAUGGAGAACGGAUCCCUCGACUCAUUCCUCAGGCAAAAUGACGGGCAGUUCACUGUGAUCCAGCUGGUGGGAAUGCUGCGCGGCAUCGCUGCAGGGAUGAAGUACCUGGGCGACAUGAACUACGUCCAUCGAGACCUGGCAGCAAGGAACAUCCUGGUCAACAGCAACCUGGUGUGCAAAGUGUCUGACUUCGGCCUGUCGCGCUUCCUUGAGGACGAUACUUCAGACCCAACCUACACCAGCGCUCUGGGAGGGAAGAUUCCCAUCCGGUGGACGGCUCCAGAGGCCAUUCAGUACAGGAAGUUCACCUCGUCCAGUGACUGCUGGAGCUAUGGCAUAGUCAUGUGGGAGGUGAUGUCAUAUGGAGAGAGGCCCUACUGGGACAUGAGCAAUCAAGAUGUUAUCAAUGCCAUAGAGCAGGACUACAGGUUGCCGCCCCCUAUGGACUGUCCUAGUGCACUGCAUCAGCUGAUGCUGGACUGCUGGCAGAAAGACCGCAACAACCGGCCCAAAUUCAGCCAGAUCGUCAGCACCCUGGACAAGAUGAUCCGCAACCCCAACAGUCUCAAGGCCAUGACACCACUGUCAUCAAGUGUCCACUUACCUCUGCUGGAUCGCAGCACUCCAGACUUCUCCUCUUUCAGCACGGUGGACGAGUGGCUGGACGCCAUAAAGAUGGGACAGUACAAGGAGAACUUUGCCAACGAAGGCUUCACCAGCUUUGAUGUGGUGUCUCAGAUGACCAUGGAGGACAUCCUCAGAGUGGGAGUGACGUUGGCUGGCCACCAGAAGAAGAUCCUGAACAGCAUCCAGUCCAUGAGGGCCCAGAUGAACCAGAUCACUUCAGUGGAGGUGUGAUCUCACAGACCAGGAGCACACAGGCUCUGCUUACUGUAGGGAACCCAGCAGCCACCAACCCUGCAUUCUCCAGGAACCUCUGAGGAGGGCUGAUGACCUGCACACAGACUGUGACUUCAAUCCAACCUCAGCCUCCCCCUCCCCCCUCCCUCCCUCCGUCCAAACGCCAUCCAUCGGGCUGCAGCACAGCACAGAUGUUUGGUAGUUGUCUUGUAGCUGCUGUAUGUCCAGGUUAACAGUCAUGAACCCAGUCUGCUCAGUCCACGUCUAUUUAAUGGGACACCUUGUUUUUUUAAUGUAUUCUAGUAAAAGAUAAGACACCACACUUGGCUCCAUCACCACCACCACCGAGUUAAAACAUUCAGUAAGAAAUCAGUUUGCAAAAUUGGUCUUGCACUUUUUGACACACUGUUGAAAAUGAAAAUGAAAAACGUUGUUUUCAGUGGAGAAUUUAUUUACAAGUGCCACCUUUAGGUGCUCACUGACAGCGGGCUCUUCCUGCUAGCUCUGUCACACAGUGAUGCUGGCCUUCUAGAUUUUGCCUGGGAGGCAACAGGGCCCAGUGCCGGUGCUGGUUGUUUUAGUUUUCAUCACAUCAAACUCCAUUUUUGGUUAUUUUAAUGGCACGCAGUUUUGCAGCAAUAUACACUAAACGUAUUUGCAAUCUGUAACUGCCUCUCUCUGUAUUAGUUUUCAUUGUUACUGGCAGAAUCCACACAGGCCUACGCACAAUGGAUUGACAGGAAAUGACCCACAUACUACUUAAGGUGUCUGAUGUGAAAGAUAAAGUGCCAUGAGUUUGCGAGAGGAAGCGUUGACUGUCUUCUUUAGUCCAGUUUGUUUGGCUGCACUGAAAGCGGAUCCUGCUCUUCUUCUGUUGCGUUUCUGACAGAGUAGCUGCAGAAGGUGAGUUUGCUGCCAUCAAGAGUUACAUCUGGAUACACCACAAGGUGCCGCCAAAUCAACCAGAACUGAAAUCUUAGUGAUUAUAGCUUUACCUAAACAAAUGAACCAUAGCCAAAAUAGCCAUUUGCAAACCUGGGUGCUGCCUGUGUCGGUGGUGGCAGGGCUGCUGUUGGAGGCAGCAGCAGUAAGAGCUCGCUCUUUGAAAGCACCUGAUUUGGUUUUUGAGGUCAAUAGAAGCAAACAAUCUUUGCACUCUACUAAAUACAAGCUAAAGUUGUAGGACUGGUUUCUGUUUGGUUCUCCAGCUGCACUCAGUCUGACUCCUGUUAACAUUUCAUCACUGUUCCUCACAGGGUUGUGUCGGGUUUGGCUCAUUGUGUUUAUUGGCUCCCAGACUGGGAUGAAGUGAAGAGAUUUGACCUUUAAAAGGACUCUUUAAAAGGUCACCACAUAUUUCAAAGCCUGUGCUGCCAGAAGCUGCAGAUGUUGUUUUGAAUGGUGAAUGGACAUCUGAGACACACGAAAGAACCACGUAGCUACUGUCAACCCACAGACACUAAAAAUGGCCUCCUUAAUGAAUCCUGUGUGAGCUGGCCAUAAAAUGGCUUCUGAUAUUUUUAAAAGCCGAUUGGUUAAUAUUCCUAUUUUUUACACACAUCUUUUUACCAAGAAAAUAACAUUUUUAACCUUGAAAUACACUCGAGUCACCAGAAACGGACCGUAUGUGAAUGUUGGUUGGUCAUUCACUGUGAUUUGUGUUUUGGAGGUAAAGGUACUAUGCUUCAGUGUGAAAACACACUCGUCAUCUUGCCAAUAUCUUUAUUAGUUUAUACACUACCUGAUUUUAAGAAAAUAUCCAAUAGUGCCCCAAACUCCAACGUUCCCUCCCAGCUCAAUUGUACCUGUGUUUUAAAACUUAACAGUUUAUACAGACGUGCUUUACAUUCACCAAAAUAUCUCAUAAUUAGAGAGAUCCGUAUCUCACCUAAUGCUCAGUGUCAGGACAGAUAACACUCACUGCACAUUUAUUACACUCAACAACAAAGCAUAGUCUUCAGCAUUUAGCUAAAGCUCUGUGUGUCCCUUCUUAACUGGGACUACCGGUUCCUCCUCCAACAUCUGCUCCUAGGGCUACACUGAUUAAACAGUCUACUGGUCUCAUAAUUACAAGAUCUGUAUCUGGGAAUUAUGACUGAAAAACUGUAUCUUCUUCUUAUUUUUUGUAAAAAUGCGAUCUCGUAAUUAUGACGUAUAGAUCUUUUCUCAUUCAAAAAAUGAGAUGUAGGUUAUUGUGGUCCCAUCAGUGAAGAAGUGGCACACAGUGUAUUAAAAAAAGAGACAUAUCUGUCCUCCACUUUCAUACCAGAUAAUGUCUCCAAUUUUUGUCUUUGGUGAAUUUAAUGUAUUUCCACAAAGUUGAGUUUCAAAGCAUCAGCAGUGAGCUAAAACUAAAUUUCAUUAAUGUUAGGAGCAACUCCAAAAAGCAUCACUACCCCGACCUCUAUGGUUUGAAAAGUUCAUGUAUGUUGCACUUGUCAACGUAGCCACACAACUGGGUGUGGUCUGUUGUACUUGAGAACACAUUCAUCUUUGAUGUAUUGUUGCACUGAGGUACACUGUGCAGUGUUGUGCUGGACACAGUCUGGACAGAUCCUGUAGGAACCACAAUGUGCCAGCACGAGCAGGAUUUUAAACCUAGAGGUAGUUACUCCAAACAAAAGCAGGUAAUAUAACUGUAUUUUCAUAUAUAUAUGUGUUAUCUUGACACUUUUUUAUUCAUUGCUGGCCAUGUUCAGACCAAAUGAUGUCGGUAGAAUUCAACCCCUUUUCAUUCAUCUUUAAAGAGAAGAAAUUAUUUGCUAUAUUAUAUUAACAAAUGCACAUGUUUGGCAAAUUGUUGUGCAAUGCUACUAGGCACAGGCCCAGCGGGUCGGAGAUGUGUGAAGAAGCUGUACAGUACAGGGAGGGAACAGCCUCAGUAUUCAGAACAACGAGUCCGACAAACAACAAAAUGCAUAAUUUGUCAUUGCCUUCAUUUUCUGAUCUGAUACCUCGAUUAGCAGGACGACACUGUUUGUCAGUAGCUUCCAAAGCCAUUACGAAUCACUGUUACAACAUCCACGUGACUGUCGGCCGCUGUGGCUAAGGUUUGAUUGCUUGCUUAGGGGUUAGGGAAAGAUUGUGGUAUGUUUUUGGUUCGGGUGAGGGUUUGUGGCACAGUGUUAUCCUACUUCCACCUUUCCUUCUGACAGACGAGAGUCAUAAUUCACAGCCAUUAGCGCUGGAAACACAGGCUGUAUUAUGCAUUCGAACAAACAGCUGACGCCGUCUUCUUCAUGACCGCCUUCAGAAUGAGUGUUUACCCUCUCAGGUUUCUGUAAGACGUUCAGGUCCUGGGCUGAAAUAUGGGCCCCCCCGACUCUGCCCUGAUUAUCUCUCCAUGUGCAUAAUUCAUUUAUGGUUGAAAAUGAUCCAGCUGUAUUGUGCCAACAGGUCAGAAACCACUCUGGGUGGGGCUUCUAAAGGGAACAUGAUUUUUAGACUUCACAGGAACAGUACCCUCUCAGAACUCUAUUUUGUUGGUUUUUAAAAAUGUGAAUUUUGAUAAAAGUGUGCUUUUUAUAAAUGUUAUGCAGUUAUGUCAAUAAUUUAUACUUCACAGUACAGACAAGUGAUUUCUCACCUUGGGUCAUGUGAUGUCUGAGUGAUUCUUUUUUUGGUAUUGGGACAUUUGCCAUGUUAAGCCUCUUCCUUCUACUGUACCAGCACAAAGCACAGGUUUACCCACUCACUGUUAAAGUCCUGUACAUGAGUCCUCACACCUCAAAACCCAUUGGACUUGUUUGUAAAUGUUCAGAAUGCGGGCGGUUCGUAUGAGGUAGAGUUUUCCUCCCAGCUGACGCUUGAUGUUUUGAAAUUUAAUGAUAUUUUAAAAAUCGGGAGGGAAUACAUCUCUUCCUUUCAUUCUUUACGCGCUAGUUCUUCUUUAUCGUCCGCUCGCUAAAUCACAGUUUUUGAGGUACCACAACAAAAACCAAGCUCUCACCUGAAAUACAAUGCAGGUUUGAACUUGUGUUAUUGUUCAUUUCAUGUGUUUGUCACGCUAAAAGGCUGGAUUACCAACUGGGCAAAGUGGGAAACUGCACUUUUACCUCCCUGCUCUGAUUGUUACAUUCAGGUGCACAGUGAGAUCAUAAACUGGAGUUGGAAGAAAUGCACUGAACUGCUUUACUUGUACAAUAUUUGCUGGUGCAUGUUUAUGUUUGAACAUAUUCUCUAUGUUUAGUGGCUCAUCUCUACACAACACCACACUAACUGCACACUGUGGCUGUGCCCUGUGCUCUGUGUCAGACUUCCUGCAGUCACACAACUCGUUUGGACACUUUUAAUGACUGCGGUGUAAAAAACAAAACAAAACAGGUGCUUCCAUAUCUCUCACUUUGAAGCUCUUCCAACAAAUGCUUUUUUUCACAUUCCCCUUUUUCCUUUGAUAUUUAAUAAAUGUUGUUCAGUCCCAUUUUUCAAUACCAGUCUGCAUUAUUUUGUCAUACUAUGUGUGACAUUAUUGUAACAAUGGCCCUGUAUGUUCUACAGACGCACAAAAACACUGUACUGUACCGUACAUAUGCAUGGUAUGCACAUUUCAGUGUCUGACACGGCACAUUCAGACUAUGUGAUAGCUGCUACAGUUCAAAAUGACAUUAUUUGAUGUGUUUCUGUUGGGAAAUGUAGUUCUUUAAAUUGCAAUUCUUCAGAGAAAAACACAGUAUGGCUCCAGUUCUUAUUCUUCUUACUCUUAAAUUAUUCAAAGCCCAUUUUUACGAAUGUGGCAGUUCAGCGGCCAGGAUUAUAAUAUUUGUGCUCUUCCAUUGGCAUAAAUUAUAUAUAAGUGAGACACUAUAUUAGAAACACCCUCUCUUAUUGUGGAAGAGUAGCUGAACUAUGAGGCUUCCUGGAUGAAUGUCUGUCAUCAACACGGGCUGAAGUGGGUUGCAGCAACAAAUCAAUUUGGAACAAGAAAGAAAGCAAAGUGAAUAUUUUUGUAGUUGUUUUAUUUGUCAGAUUUUCACACUGAACAACUGGAUUAUUCUGUGAAGAACAUUAUUAUAUUCUGUGGCAACUGAAAACACUGAAUCUAUCUGUUAACUAUGUAGCAGUGAGAGACGAUACUGCGAGACACAUUCACUCAUACCAGUGUUACGUUCCCUCCACCUGAUGUUAUGAUGAUGUUUAUUAGUUUUUUUAGAGUCGAACUACAGAGUCUCUGCUGUGAGCACCGGCUGUCUCGUCUUUGUGUGUGGGGUCAUUCACAAACGCAGAGAACAGAAAGGACCUCGCUCUAAUAUGACCUCUCUAUGUACAGUUUAAUGAGAACGUUCAAUUGUUUUGUAAUUGUUUCAGUGUGUGUGCGCCGUGCUCCGUCCAUAUGCUGGUCCAUGUUUGAACUGCACUGCGGCAGCUCCUCAGUACUCACAUGGAGCUGAAAUGUUCCUGGUUCUGGUUCAGAAGUUUCAUUUUCAUUUUUCCUGUAAACAAGUUGGAAAAGUUAACACUCUGCACGUACUGGCUCUAAAGGAACAUACGGAGAAAAGUACUUGUACUCUUUCUCUCUGAGAGUGAGAUGUUCAGGUGGAUCUCAAUCAGGACGUGGUUAGCCUAGCUUAGCAUAAAGACUGGAAGCAGGGGGAAACAGCUAGCCUGGCUCUGUUGGCUGUCAAAGCUCAAAGAACACACCAACGCCUCUAACGUUCACUAAUGUUGUAUCUCAUGUGUUUGUAAGGGGGAUUAAUGUGCUCAGACUACUUCUCGAUGAACAACAGUUUGUCCAUCAGUCCAGUUCUUCUUCAGCGUCUCCGCUUAGAGUGCAGCUUUCCUGGUAUGGCGACCGAUUAGCACACGGUUUUGGUUUUGGUCUCUGUACAGACACGAUGGUACAACAUAAACAGAUUAAUGACAGGUGAUAUCAGUGUCGCCACGUACGUUGGCUGAUAAGUAACAAGACGUUAAAGUACAGGCAUGCCAAAGAUAGUACUACUACUAGGACGUUCAUGUUAUGAUAUAUCUUUAAUAUCAAACUGGUAUUGGCCCAGUGACUCCAGUAUCUGGGCUCCAGUACCGAACCUGGAACCCCCAGUGUGACGAUAGGACUGCUGGAAGCUGCACAAAGUCACUGCGUCCGUCUGUUCGUCCAGAAAUAGUUCAUAGCAAUAAACUUAAAUUGAGCAAACUGAGAUACGACAUGUCUUUGGACGUGUUGGUGGAUGUUUUUGAUUGAUUGAUAUCCAUCCUCUCAUCUCACUCUCUGAAUACUGAAAAUGUUGAAGUAUUCCUUAAAGACACCGUGUAUAAUUUGAAAAUGCCGAACUAUGGCGCCCCCAGUGGUAGAAUGAAAAAAGACACACUUCAUUUUGAGGGAAGUCAAUGAAAUUCUGAACAACUGAAGUGAAAUCAAAUUCUUGAUUUCCACAACCUCAUAUACAGCAGCUGUUUUAACUGUCAAAAUGCUUUGGCCAAUAAUCAGAUCCCCUGGAAAAUGAUAAGUGAAUUAAAUGAACUGUCAGAAUCAAAUAUUUCAGCUUUAUCCGGCACCUGUUCCCUUUACUUCCUUUCUGCCUGACCCGGGUGGCCCCGGAAACGUUUCUACUCUGUGUAGACGGGAGUUUCAAAGAUACUCCUGGACCCUUUUUGGUCCAAAGCACAUGGGACGCAGGGGUCAAUGUUAGAGGGGUCGCCCACAGCCAAACACGCCUCUCUUCUCAGCCUUUACCACUGUGAUGGACACUGUCGGACUUUUGUUUUUCUAUUUUCUGUUUUUUCUGUAUAAAUGUAUAUUUGAUGGUAUACCUGUGAAUGAUGUAUCAAUUUGAAUUAUUUGUAAUACUGUUAUUGGUUUAUUUUGUAAAAAACAAGAAAAUGAAAAGUAAAGAAAGAAAGGAAAACACAACAAGCUGAGUUUUGUAGCAACUGUCUUCAAUAAAAAACCAAACAAUCAAUGGUGA